AUGAUCCUACGUCGCAGUAAACACAUUCUUAACGCGCAGGUGUCUAUUCGCUCCCCUUGCUGCCGAAAAUGGUUUGAUUGCGCCGAAUGCCACCAGGAGCAGGAGUCACAUAUGCUGCAAAAGUCUCAGGAGAUGAUCUUUGCCUGCAAAAAGUGCAAGAAGUGCUUCCGCAGGGACGCCGCCGAAUUCGAAGAGAGGUAUAGAUACCCCGCGCCCAGUCAACCAAGAGGAUUACGGACUAACGCCGUUGUGUCUCGCUCUAGUGACGAGUACUGCCCACACUGCGAUAACCACUUCGUUCUCGAGGCUGUGACCCCCAAGCCAACACUUCAGGUGGAAGGUGAUGAUGCGCGCAUGGACAGCAGGAUGCUCAAAGACGACCGGGUUCGGGGCGACCAAGAACGAUCCUUGUUCAAUAUACGCGACGUGUCCGACCGGAUGGGCUAG